CGAAACGGCAGCAUAGGAACUAGACACGCGAUCUUCAAAAUGCCACAACAUUUGGAUUAUAUAAUACUCAUACUCUGGCUGUCUUUGGCCACAUGCCAGUCAGCCAGUCUGGAAGUGAAUAACGAUAUAUCGCUUAACUCAUCUGCCGCUGCAACAGAAGUGCAGCAAUAUCAUCCGAUUUCGUGGCUACGAAAUGCCCAGGAUAUGUUUGGCAGUCCAGCUGGAAAUGUGGUAUUGCAGGUGGCCAAGGAGCUAUUGCAUCGUUCGGCGGGCAACAGUCAGGUGCUCAGUUUGAAUUUGACCAACUUACUGAUCAUUGUGUUGCUAAAAGUGUUAAUAUUUACGGCUGGUCUAUUGGGAGCAGGACAUUGGAGUAGUUAUGGCUAUGGUUAUGGUCGUUCGGCAGGCGAAGCAGGUCGCAGUGAAGAAUCCUUUAAUCUGGGCAUAACCUCGGGUGACAAUUAUCUAAUAAUGGGCUUCCUGGCUGCCCAAGGAGCUGGACGUGAUGAAUGCCUCUACGCAGCAGCCUGUGAGUGUCCCAAUGCAGCCUAUGAAUAUGCCAAGGCAGGUCGAGCUCUAAUGGGAGCCAUUGAAAUAUUUGAUGGGGUUCCUUUGGAAAAGCCGCGUUAUAAUGAUUUAAUCGUUCUCAUGGAGAAAGCCGCCUACGAUGGCUAUCGUGGCAUGGCCUGUAAUACUAGCCAAGUCUGUGAUGGCCUUUUGUGAGAUUUGUGGUCAUAUUUGUCUAUAUAUUUAUAACAAAUGUUUAAUUAUAUAUAUAUAUGUUUAUGUAGGUAUACAAAUAGUAUAAAUAAUAAAGUGUAGCACAAACUU